ACAACCGAGAAGAUAUUGCGCAGUACAAUCGCACGACGUUCUUCUGAUGUGCAACUACAAUAGUACGAGUACACGAGUAGCGCUGAAAAUGUAAAGAAUGGAUGUAGCUGGUUGCGCCACUCUUUUCCGAAGCGGAGCGAACCUUUUACACGAUAACAAAGCGCAACCCGGACAUACGAUUUGCUUUUGCUGGAAGUAUUACGUAACGCACUGCAAUUGCCGGAUACGUUUGGAAUGUUUAUGCACAGCGAAUCAGCCGAAACUCAUGGGGGUCCCCAUCACGAGGGACCGGUCGAGAAAGCCAAGUUACGAUGCAAGGGAAAAGUGGCUGGCGAUUUAAUGGCGGAACUGCUGCGUAACCGCUCGCAGUCCUUUGGAGCACACGAUCUGGCCACCAAGGUUCGUGCGGCGGAGAACCAAGUGCGGGAGGCGCUGGAGUGCAUGAAGCAGCACGGUCUGGUGACGGAUUCCAGGGUUUACAAAGCAGUCUAGUGGUUGACCUCUUGUCCAUUGCUUUCUGGCGGUUUUCGAUAAGCUUGCGUUGAGUUGAGUCUUGUGCGAAUUUGUGACAAUGACGGUGUCUCCUGACAAUCGGUAUGCAUCUGAACUGCAGUGCUUUCUGUUAACGCUGCAUCAAAAAGUUAUGCAAGCAUUGUGAUUCAGCACCUUGCGAAAAAGAAUCGGGUUCGUUAAUGUUUUUCGGACCGCACCGCAGUACCAACAUAGCCUGUUAACAGCAUGUCAGUGACAUUUAGAAAAAAAUUAAGUAAGAGUUUUUUUGUAAUUAG